ACUGGCGUAGCACCGACAGCACCGACCACCAUGAUCGCGUCCAGCGGCAAUUGUCCGUUUCAUCCGAUAGCAAACUGCUGGACGAUGACAUUCGAGAGGAGACGCGCGUUAUUAUGCGUCCGAAAAAGCCGCCCAGACCUAAAUCGGAGGUUUUCCUCAACAAACAAGAAACGCAUCCGCGACGGAAACGAUUUAGUGCUUUUGGUGGUGACUCGCCAUUUGGAAAAUCUGAUGCCUACAUAAAACUGGAACCGCUCGGUGAGGGUUCAUAUGCCACAGUCUACAAGGGCUUCAGCAA